UGGUAUAACUGUUGACAUUCAACGAUUAGCGAGCAGUUAUACGUCUGAACGUGUUGGUUAACAGUCGAUAGCUUACGCAGAGGUAUAUUGAUAUAACGCAGUAUGGUAAAGAAAGACAUAACGAAACACCUUACAAAUAUAUGAACGAACGAGUUACCUCCUCUUUCUUCUCAGUCACCGAUUUACCCAACAAAGAUGCAUUAUCAACCACAAAUAUCAACGAUAAGUCCCACGGCACCGCCAUCGUACUCUGAAGCGGUGAGCCAACCGUCUACUUCAAAAAAUAGUUUUCCUCUUCCUCCGUUCGGCCAACAGUCCUAUGGUACAAACGUAAAUGUACAGCAGGGAACGUUGGGACAGUAUCCAACAACAAUUCCAAAUAAUUAUAUGGAAUACAAUUCGCCUCAAUCGCCUUACAAUCCUCUAUAUGUACCAAUAGAAACGAAUCAAGUGCAAUCAGUACCACAGUCCUGCGUUGUAACCACUGCAGUCGUAGCUCGUAAAGAUAAAAAUGCGACUUGUUCCUCUUGCGUGAAGAUGCUUUUAUUUUCGAUCCUAAUAAUUUGCAUUAUGUCUUACUUGUUGAAAUUGAUAAUAUCAAGUAUAUUGGAUUGAAUUGCAUUUUAUUGCAAAGAUGUUGGAAAUUUAUAACGACGAUGGACAAUCAAAGAAAUUCAGUAUUAAACGAUGCACUUUUAUAAGCGACAAGACUUGAAGUUGCAUUUUAUUAUUAUUAUUAUUAUUAUUAUUUUUAAUAAUUAGUUUUAGAUAGAUAUCGAUAAUGUUUCCUUUCGUACGCGAUAACAUUUCUUUAUCUAUAAUAAUUAUAUAUGUCUGAUUCAUCGCAUUUAAUUAGCUUAUUAUGUUAUAAACGAUAUAUUACAGGAAGAAUGAUAAAAAAAAUGUGUGCGUAUAAAUAUGAUAUUCUUAAAUUAAUUAUCAAGAAUUUUUACGUUACGAUGUGUAUCUUAAUUAAUUAAUUUGUUAUAUCCGUUACUUUGAACGAUAUAAAAAUUUUGUUUUAGUGCACAUUUAUUCGUAAUAUGUAAAUAUUUGUAUAUUUUUAUGAACGUUAUAUUUAGUCGAUGAUAAUAAUAAUAAAAAAGAAGCUUGACUUAGAUUCGACUCCACGUAAAUACUUUAAACGUUUUACUUAGGGAAGAAAAAAAAAGAGAAAUUUAGUUUAACCCAAGGAGAACGUGCACGAUCAUAGCUGUGAACUCAGUUCAUGUUGCUUCUAACACGCACCGGUCGUAAAAGAGGAAAUUUUUUGCGAUCUAAAAAAAAGAAAAAUUGAAAAAAUAAAAAAAUUGAGGGAAAAGGUCAAAAGAAAAAUAAUAAUUCAACAGAAGUAAGGAAAAGAAGAAAAGAAAAUAAUCAAAAAAAAAAAAAAAAAAUUUACGUGAGGGACGUGAAUGAAGAAGAGUAGGAAAAGUUAACUUAAUAUCAGAUACUUAAAAAGAAAAAAAGAAAAACUAAAGACUUCAAAUAUAAAAAUUUAUUAUUGAUAAAGUAAAAAGUAAUUUCGUAUUAUCAUAUUUGCAUGUUAUCAUAUUAUUCCUGAAUAUUGUUUACAAUUAUAUUGUUUACAAAAUAUCAUUAAUGAUGAUUACUUCAUAGAUAAAAAAUUGAUUGUCUAAUAACGAAUAGAAAAUUUGUAAAAGAAAUAUGAAACAAAUUGUCAUUACAAAUUACGUUAUAAAACUAUUUUUAUUACAACAAAAAAUAAUGGUUUUAUGUUAAAAUAAUAAUAAUUUUUUUUAUCGAAAAAAGAAUAAUUAAAUAAAAUACUUUUAAUUAUAAAAAAAAAGAAAAAAGCAUAUACAUAUAAUUAUAUAUAUAUAUAAUUAAUUUAAUACAAUGCACUAUCAAGCAUUGCCUAAAUCAAUAAUAGUAGCACCAAAAAUUUAAAGAAUAUUACCAUGAUGAUAAUUAAAAAAAAAAAAAAAACGGAUAAAAAUAGUCUAAAAAUAUUUCAGGAACUUAAAGAAAUUAAAAUUCACUAUAGAACGUCAAACAAUUUAUAUACAUAUCUUUCAACCUUCGAUAGCAUACUGUUAUAUAUACCGAUUAAAAAAAAUGAAAUCAUAAAUAAUAACUUUACAAAAGAAAAACAUAUAUAUAUAUAUAUAUAUAUAUCUGAUAUCAAUCGAUUAUCCACCAUCUUGGAUCACUUUGUGAUCUAAAAUCCUUACAAAAGGAAAUUUCUAAGAAAUUAGAGAGAGAAAGAGACAAAGAUAGAAAGACAGAGAGAAAGAGAGAGAGUAUGAAUGUGAAACAUGCAUGCAUAAAACCAAGUUCGAUAUUAAAGACACGGCUAAUCCAAACGACAUACUGAAAUCAUAUAACUUUAUACAUACGUAAUAACGAUCAUAUUUCGCAGCUACGUAAAAUGGACGAAACGUCGUGUACAGGAAUGAAAAGAUGGAAUGAGAAAAGGGAAGAUGUGGUAUAUCGUUCACUUUUAUUAUUGAAGCAAUAAAACCUUGGUAAACGAGUAAUAAUUUCGAAGUUGAGCGCCGUUCAGUUUCAGAAGCACUUUUGGCGCCUCUGAGAGAGAAGCUUCUCACACGAAACAUCUAACUCGACGUCGCCAUCGUGCCAAUAAGCUUAAGACUACUGAAAUCCUCUUGGAAUAUGGAUCGGUCUUACAGUUUCAGAUAUUUCAGUAUUAUAAAAUAUAGCGACACGUGUCUCAUGGAAAAAUAUGAAAAUCAUAUUUUAUAUUUACUUAUUGUCCCUAUAUAAUUUUCUAAUAAAUUAAUAAAUCUAUACGAUUGAUAUUCUUAGAAAUAUCAGAUGUAUCGUUAGAUGCGUGUUUUAAAAAAUGUUAAAUGUAUUAUUGAACGAUCACGAUGAUGAUACAAUCGAUCGAAACGUAUAUCGAAAGUUUUGCUUUGUUCUACGUACAAAUACGUUUUAAUUCGAUUUGGUUAUAUAUAAAAUAUGGUAAUAUAUGAAAUAAACAGCAUUAACAGUCAA